AUGGGUGAAUCAAGUAACACGAGCACGCGAGGACGUAAACGUAAAAAUCAAAGACCAAAAGAAUCUUCACAAUUGAUAUCUCCAUCCACAACUGAAACUGAUCCAUCUACAGAAUCAUUAAUAUUAACUGCAUCACCAUUAUCUACUAUUUCUACAAUUGAUCAAACCAUAACACAACAACCAUCGUUUAACGAAUCAUCAUCAUUAUCCAAUGAAGAAAGACAUCAAUUUAUUACUGAAUCUCGUAAUAUAUUCGAUAUUACAGCCUUUGCGGAACUAUUUGCGAAAAUUUGUGGACACUUUUCACCUAAUGAUUUAUUAUCACUAGUGUUGGUUUGUCGAAAAUUCAGAGAAUAUUUAUGCAACCCCAAUAACCGUGGUUUUUCUAGUAAAAUUUGGAAAACAUCAAGAUUAAAAUUUCUACGUUUCCUUCAAACACCUCCACCAAUCCGAAUGAGUGAAAAAGAUUAUAUUGUGUUAAGACAAUUAGACAAAGGAUGUCAAUUUUGUCGAAGUCAAGGAAUUGGAAUUGGAAUUGGAUUCAUUAAAGUAUACUGGGAAUUUCGUGUGAGAUGUUGUGAAAUGUGUUUUGAUAAAAGGACUACAAGACGAGACAUACUUUAUAUUGAUUGGACAAUCCCAGACAUAGUACUUCGCAUUUUACCAUAUGUUAAUCGUGGUGCAGCUCAAGUUUAUUGGACAAAUGAUGUUAUUGAAACAAACAAAAAGUAUGAUGAAAUAAUAAAAAGCGGUGGUGAUGUAAAAAGUUGGGCUAAUGAUCAACAAGAAAUUACGAAACAAAUAAUGUCCAAUGUUGUUCACUAUGAACAAGAAGAGCAUGAUGAACGUAUUUAUUCAAUUAAUGAAAUACAACAUGUGAUAAACAGACAUCCUCAAAGUCAAUAUUUAGUUCCAACUCAAUUUGCCACUGGAUCUGGAUAUAAUCGAUCACAAUUUGUGAUCACAUCCCCUACCCAACAAUUAUAUCCUACACAAUUUGUUCCACGUAUUAAUCGACAAAUGGUCCCACAUUGGAUGAGUCAAAUGCAGCAAUACCCUCGGUAUUAA